CACAGGCAUACAGAGUACAGACCCAGAGGUAGAGGGGAAGAGAGAGAGAGAGAUGGCUUCGGUACCGUUUGUAUCCCUUUCGAGCGCAGGCAUUAGAACUGGCAUCCCAUCAGCUUCUCUCACAUUUCUUACGGGGAGAAGGACAAGCUCUGCAACUCUUACGAUGGCCAACUCUAAGACACGUUCUGGCCUUCUUCAUUGCUCCUUCGUCCCUUCUUCAUCUUCUCUUUCUUUUCCCUCUUCUUUCGCAGGUGUAUCUCUUGGGGUUGACUUCAAUUUCAAUGGUGGGGUAAGAAGGGAGCAAGGUAGAACUCUUGUGGUAAGGGCUGGGAAGGCUGCUUUAUGUCUAACCAAGAGGAACAGAUCUCGGAAAUCGCUGGCUAGGACCCAUGGUUUCCGUAGGAGAAUGAGAACCACUAGUGGCAGAGCAGUAUUGAAGCGGAGACGUGACAAGGGGCGGAAGGUUCUUUGCACAAAGACACACCCAAACAGCGGGAAAUGAGUCUGGGUAUGUUAUGUUUAAGGGAUAAAUCAAUGUCGAACGCUAUUUUGUGGCUUCUGCUGCAAUGAUGCAUGUAAACUUGGUUAGGCUUGAAACUCCAGUCUAACAGAUGUAAUUUCUUU